AUGGCUCCCCAUCGCGUCCUGUAUAACACCUUAUGUAAAAUUGGCGACAGAGUUAUCUUCCCAGUGUUGCCAUCCUUUGCGAAACCGGUUUGGAACCAUCCAGCAGGACCUAAAACUGUAUUUUUUUGGGCGCCAACCAUCAAAUGGGCUUUGGUAGCUGCAGGUUUGGCUGACCUUGCCAGACCUGCUCACAAACUCUCGCCGGCUCAGGUAAUUUUAUCAAAACCUAUCGAAGUGAAUUCAAUUGAUCCACUACUGAGAAUAACAAUAUGUUUUCAGAAUGCAGCUCUGUGCGCCACAGGAGCUAUUUGGACUCGCUACUGCCUUGUCAUCACUCCGAUAAACUAUUACCUUUCUAGUGUGAACUUCUUCGUCAUGUGUAGUGGGCUCAUGCAGUUGUGUCGAAUUGCACACUAUAGGUAA